AUGCAAAUCGUGAAGGAUUUGCUGGACGAGCUGUUUCUAUGGUUCUGCCAUCUUAUCAUCGAUACCUUCUUCCGUGAGGUCCGGGUCCGUGGUUCCUACAAUUUGCCCUCCAAAGGGGCGACCCUGGUCGUUAUCGCUCCUCAUCACAACCAGUUUUUGGACGCCGCGAUUGUUACCCAUGCCAUUCACAAGAUAAACGGACGUCGCACGCUUUUCAUUGAAGCUGCUGCUUCUGUUAGAAGACCCGUUAUAGGCCAGCUCAGUAAGUGGAGUGGAGCAAUUCCUGUGGAAAGGGCGCAGGACCUCUUGACCAAUAAACAGGGCAUAAUCCGUUACGAGGACUACAACAACGACGAAUUGUCCAUUGUUGGGGAAGGGACGAAAUUCACCACAGACUGUGAGGUCAAAGGGCUGAUAGGGCUCCCCGAAAGUGCGGGAAACCAGAAAAUAGCAGAAAUUAUCAGCGACACUAAACUAAGACUUGCAAAGCCGAUGACCAAAUCAAAAGGUAUCGAGAUGCUCAUGUGCGGAACCUCCUACAAAAGUGCUCCAAAAGUUGACAACCAUGACGUUUUCAAAAAGGUCUUCCAAAGACUCAAGGAAGGUGAGCUCAUCGGAAUUGCUAGUGAGGGCGGCUCCCACGAUCGUACCGAGCUUCUGCCAUUGAAGCCCGGCGUCGGGAUCAUGGCAUUGGGCACAGUGGCUGAAUACGAAGGCACAGAAGUCAAUAUUGUUCCGUGUGGCAUGAACUAUUUCCAUCCACACAAAUUCCGUUCCAGAGCAGUUUUGGAAUUCGGAGAACCAAUCAAGGUGGGCCCUGAGGAGGCGAAGGCCUAUAAGCAGGAUCCAAGAAAGACUGUCGAUGCUCUUAUGGAAAAUAUCACUACUGCUUUAAAAUCUGUGACCAUUCAAAGUCCGGACCUCGAGACGUUGCAGGUUAUCCAAGCUGCAAGAAGACUAUACUCCAAUCCAAGCAGACCGCUUCCAUUGCCCGUGGUUGUGGAGAUGAAUCGCAACCUGCUUAUUGGAUACAGCAAAUUCAAAGAUGACCCAAAGAUCAGGCAUUUGAAGGAGAGUGUGACAAGCUAUAACAAACGAUUGGCGUACUUGGGAAUCAAAGACUACCAGGUGGAAACGGUGACCAAAAACCGUUGGCGUACAUUGUUCUUACUUACGACUCGGCUGGCGCGGCUUCUAGUACUGCUGGUGUUGAGUCUCCCUGGCACAGUGCUAUUUUCCCCCGUUUUUAUUGCAUGCAAAGUUAUAUCAAAGAAAAAACAGAAGGCCGCCUUGGCUAGUUCGAGUGUGAAAAUAAAAGCCAUCGACGUUUUGGGUUCAUGGAAGGUUCUCAUUGCUUUAGUGGCUGCACCAAUAUGCUACUUCAUCUAUUCUGCAAUCGGUACCGUGCUUGUUUUCAAAUAUGAGUUGCUCAAGUACACUUUCUGGAAUGUCGUUGCUACUUUUGCCUCUUGGUGGGCUCUGCUUGUUUCCACCACGUACGCUGCUUUUGUUAUGGGAGAAGGUGGUAUGGAUAUUUUCAAGUCCAUCAGACCGCUGGUCCUAUCCCUCUCUCCAAGAUCCACUGAUUUGGACGAAUUACGUAAGGAAAGGCAACGUCUUUCUGCAGAGAUUACAGAGGUGAUCAAUGAACUGGGGCCUAGAGUCUUUCCAAAGCUGGACAAGCACAGUCUGGCCCGGCUGGAGAAAGAAUACGAAGCAGAGGUGGAAGACUUACGCUCGAGAUCAAGAUCAAGGUCCCAGUCAAGAUCGAGAUCGGGAUCUCGGUCGUUGUCGCGGGCAUCAACCCAAUCCGGAUUUACCGAAAACAGAAUGCCAAACCUUUCGGACGUCUCUAUCUUUCCCGAUGCUUUGCAGCUCAGGGACCAGUCUAGCCCAAGUCCAUCAUCGAGCAGCUCCAGUUUUGUGCACCUUGACAGCGCUGACAAGAUCGCAGCAAGCGGAGUGAAUGACCACGAUGCUGGUUUAUUGUCUAAGGUCAGAAAUGCAGUUCUGAAAAAACGCAACGAGGAGGCCAGACUAGAGGGUGAAAAGUCGGAUUAA